UCGAAGGUAAGGUUAUCAACGGACACGGUCACCCAGGUUCUGGCCCGCUUUCAAACCCAAAUCCGCGCGCGAUGACGGUGGCCGACGACACCGGGCUUCCUAUGGUCAUCAUCAACGUGUGGCUCCCGCAUGGAGCGCUCCCGGUUUAUGAGGAACCCGGGGGAGGAGAGGAACCACCGGUCGAUCCGAACAGCGGACGCAAACCGCUCGAGACGCUUAUGUUGCAAGUUCCGAAGCGCCUGCGGAUGUCCCAGCCCUUCAGGUCGAUCAAGAAACUGGGUAUUAUGAUCGAGGAAACGAAAGCGAGAAUCGAAAAGAAGGCGGCCGAGGCGGAGGGUAACGGGGGAAAGGAAAGUGCGUCAACUGAGGAUCUCAAAGAACCCCUGCCAGAAGAGAACCUCGCUGAGAAACUCUCGACUGCUGAGAACGACUUCGAGACUAACAAGACAAUUUACGAGUCGUUGACUACGAACCUUUGCAAGGAACAAUACACGACUAUAGGCUGGAUCGAAUCGUUGAUGUCGUAUAACGCCGUGGGUAUGACUGCGGUGGUACCCGGCGGGGCGUUGUGCUCAGUUGACAAGUUUGGUAUGAAGAGCGAAGCCGUCUUGAACGGCGUCAGCCGAGUCCUGGCAGAGUUUGUCAAGCAGGUGGGCUUCGAAAAGAGUGAUGGUUCAGUGAUCCCGAGGUUUUCCCCGCGGUUGUACGAUUAUGUCGUCGCAUCUUCGAUCGCGGAGAAAUGGGUGAAUACCCAAUGUUUCGUUCUUGGCGUUGAUGCCUUGGAACACGUCGUUCUCUGUUGGCACGACGACGCUGUACCUGGCGUUGGCGAGUGUGUCAAGGCACUACGAGCGGUCUGCGCUGCAGAUGGCGAGUUUGUGCGUAAAGUCAAGCACGUGACCUUAUCCAACGCCACAGAGCAAAGUAUUCGACAGUGCAUGAUUGAAGGCGGCAAGCCGGAUGCGGCCAUUCUUCCGGCUCUCGAAAUGUUCACUUGCAAAGGUGAAGGUUUACAGGCACAGUGCGCAAAACUCCGUAUUCCGAUUAUCGUGGAUAAUGUCCUGCUAGGCGGGCUGGUUGAUGAAAGGUAUUUACGGAUGCGCACUCCACCAGAUCUCGCGACUCUGAGAGGAACGGCGGCUUUUGAUUCCUUGGGCGUGAUAUGUAACGUGGUAGGUGGGUGGGAACGCUUCCAAGGUAUCUUAUCUGCUUUAGAGGACACAAAACACGGUGUCGCGAAUGCGGCAAUUGAGUAUUUUAUUGGCGCUGGCAUGCGUUGUAUCGUUGAAACGAUUCUUGAUGGACCACCGUGGUUCAUGCUCGGAGGCGAUUCAUUACUGGAGGCUGACAGAGAGAAUAUCACAGCCGCGUUGCGCGCAUAUGCAGCAUUGGGAUGAAUGCGUGUGCGUGUGGAAGAAAGAAUUAUUUCUCGCACCAAUUCUUGCAUAAAAACACAUACAGUGGUGCUGUAUACUACAGUUUUUCUUGCCGAGGCCGCUCGUCGCAACGUUUACAAGAUGUUAUCGCAGCUUUGAUAUCAGAAAUCGGCAGCAUUCUCGGUCUAUGACCAAUGAUAUGCAGUUUGGUCGGCAUUGUCAGCGACGCGAAAGCUUGCAUGUUCUCUCGCGGAAUUCGUUGCCGUAGCGGUUGAUGAAACUGCGGGCGCGUAAGUAGUAGGCAUGAUGGUCAAGGAUAUGUAACCACCGUCGUACCAGCAGUCUCCGAUUUUAGCACCUAUGUCUGUCUCCGUCACGUC